UCACUACCACCCGCCGCCGGAGAGGAAGAAGAAGGAGGAGGAGAGGCGGAAGUUGCCCGUCCGGAUUUGGGGGGCGGUUGCCAAGAGGGGGCAGGCGACGAGGUUCCGAAGCGCAGGGCAUCCCCACCCUCUACCCCAGAAGACAGAUACCCCCUUCAGUGCCGCCCGCCUUUCAAGCAGAGCCCCCUCCCCAAGAAAUCCCGUUAUUCUGCCCCCCCAAGACCCACCCCCUUAUUGGAGGCCCCUCGACCCAGCCCCUGCUCCCCCACCCACCCAUGGGAGGAGCCCCCCUAUAGACCGACCCCUUCCCUUUUCCCAUCUCCCCCCCCUUUUUUUAUUGCAUGGGCUCCUUUUAAAAUGAAACCCUGGGCCAAGUGGAGGCUUUUUUAAUCAAUAAUCCCUAUUUUUUUUUUUCCCCUGGCUGCUUGUUGCGCCUGUCUGAUGGGUCCCUGAAAGCCUCCAGGUUAAGGGAAAAGGUAGCUUUUUUCAAGGGGCCUUUAUUUUUAAUUCUUUCUUCCUCAUGGAGGAAGAAAGCCCUCCCGAGAAACCAUGACCUGAGCUGGGGCCAAAAAUAAAAAUAAAAAAAAUCCCACCCGAGGAGCCCCGGAGGGGAUCUUGCUAAUCUUGGAUUGACGCUUCCCAACAAACCAUGGCAUCCGAGGAGGCCUCGCUCCGAGCCUUGGAGAGCCUAAUGACGGAGUUUUUCCACAACUGCACUACGAACGAGAGAAAGCGUGAAAUUGAAGAGCUUCUGAAUAACUUCGCUCAGCAGGUCGGUGCCUGGAGAUUCUGCCUCUAUUUCCUGUCAAGCACGAGAAAUGACUAUGUCAUGAUGUAUAGUUUGACGGUAUUUGAGAACCUGAUUAACAAGAUGUGGCUUGGGGUCCCAUCUCAGGAUAAAACAGAGAUUCGCAGUUGCCUGCCGAAACUUCUUUUAGCUCACCAUAAAACUUUGCCUUACUUCAUCCGAAACAAACUUUGUAAGGUCAUUGUGGAUAUUGGCCGGCAAGACUGGCCUAUGUUUUAUCAUGACUUCUUCACAAAUAUUUUACAGUUAAUCCAAUCCCCAGUGACAACUCCACUUGGGCUGAUCAUGCUGAAGACCACGUCCGAAGAGCUGGCCUGCCCGUGGGAAGACCUCAGCAUUGCACGGAAGGAGGAGCUGCGGAAGUUGCUCCUGGAGCAGGUUCAGAAUGUCCUCGGACUUCUCACAGGUAUUUUGGAGAGCAUCUGGGAUAAAUACAGUGUUACGGCCGCCACCCCGCCACCGUCUCCGACAUCCAGAGAAAGUGGCGAUCUCUUGAGUAGCCUAUUGCAGAGUCCCAGGGCGGCCAAAUUACUGAACCAGCCAAUCCCCGUCCUUGACUCAGAGAGCGAAUACAUUUGUUCCCUGGCUUUGGAGUGCCUAGCCCACCUCUUCAGCUGGAUCCCUCUGUCGACCAGCAUCACCCCAUCCCUCCUCACCACCAUCUUCCAUUUCGCCCGCUUUGGCUGCGACACCCGCGUCAGGAAGAUGUCCUCCAUCAACGGCAGCAGCCAGAACGCCUCCUUGAGUCACGAACGCGGCCAGCUGGGCGUGCUGGCCAUGUCUUGCAUCAACGAACUCAUGUCCAAGAACUGUGUGCCUGUGGAAUUCGAAGAGUACUUGCUGCGGAUGUUCCAGCAGACUUUCUACCUCCUGCAGAAGAUCACCAGAGAGAACAACGCCCAUUCGGUGAAGAGCCGGCUAGAGCAGCUGGAUGAGAGAGUCCCGGGACGGAGGCGGGAUAUACAGCCAGGUAAUAAUGGAAGGAAAGGUUGCCUGCUGCGUAGCUACAUAGAGAAGUUCACUGACUUUCUACGCCUUUUUGUGAGCGUCCACUUGAGAAGGAUCGAAUCCUAUUCGCAGUUCCCUGUGGUGGAAUUUCUUGCCCUGCUGUUCAAGUACACGUUUCAUCAGCCCACGCAUGAAGGCUACUUUUCCUGCUUAGACAUCUGGGCUCUGUUUUUAGACUAUUUGACCAGUAAAAUAAAGAAUCGCUUGGCAGAUAAAGAAGCCGUACUCAACAGGUACGAGGAUGCUUUGGUUUUGCUGCUGACUGAAGUACUAAACCGAAUACAGUUCAGGUAUAACCAGGCCCAGUUGGAAGAGCUGGACGACGAGACGCUGGAUGAUGAUCAACAGACCGAAUGGCAGCGGUAUCUCCUUCAGAGCUUAGAAGUUGUGGCCAAAGUUAUGGAGCUUUUGCCAACUCAUGCCUUCUCUACACUGUUUCCAGUGCUCCAAGAAAACCUGGAUGUGUAUCUGGGACUCCAACAGUUCAUUGUCACCUCAGGGACAGGCCACCGACUGAACAUCACCGCGGAGAACGACUGCCGGCGUUUGCACUGCUCUCUGCGGGACCUCAGCUCCUUACUACAGGCAGUGGGGCGGCUAGCGGAGUACUUCACCGGGGACAUGUUCGCAGCCAGGUUCAGCGAUGCCCUUACCGUGGUGGAGAGGUUGGUCAAAGUGACUCUGUACGGGUCCCAGAUUAAACUCUACAACAUUGAAACCGCAGUGCCAUCUGUACUAAAACCCGACCUUAUUGACGUACACGCACAAUCCCUGGCAGCUCUGCAGGCUUAUUGCCACUGGCUGGCCCAGUACUACAGCGAGGUUCAUCAGCAGAACCUGACCCAGUUUGUCUCCUUGGUCUCCACUGCUUUGGAAGCGAUUGCUCCGUUGAUCAGCUCUAAGGUACAGGAGAAGCUCCUCUUGUCAGCCUGCCAUCUGCUUGUCUCCUUAGCCACCACAGUGCGGCCCGUGUUUCUCAUUAGCAUCCCAACCAUGCAGAAAAUGUUCAACAGGAUUACCGAUAGCUCUGCUCAACGCCUUUCGGAUAAGGCCCAAAUCCUCCUGUGCAGAUCACUGUCAAACAUCUUGCUCCUACCGUGGCCAAGCCUCCCGGAGGCUGAACAGCAAUGGGCCAUUCGUUCAACUAACCACGCCAGCCUCAUAUCGGCCCUCACCAGGGAUUACCGCAGCCUGAAAUCCAGUGCCAUCUUGCCCCAGAGAAAAAAUCAGCAGGACAAUACGAAAGUCCUUAUCCACCAGACUCUCAGCAUCCUGGAAGACAUCGUGGAGAGCGUCUCUGGGGAAGCCACCAAGUCUCGCCAGAUCUGCUACCAAUCGCUGCAGGAAUCUGUCCAGGUCUCCCUUGCCCUCUUCCCAGCUUUCAUUCAUCAGUCAGACAUCACAGACAAAAUGCUAAGCUUCUUCCUGACCCUGUUCCAAAGCCUGAGGGUGCAGAUGGGGGUGCCUUUCACCGAGCAGGUGAUACAAACAUUCCUCAACAUGUUUACCAGGGAGCAGCUGGCCGAGAGCAUCCUCCAUGAUGGAAGCACCGGCUGCCGGGUGGUGGAGAAGUUCCUGAAGAUCCUUCAGGUGGUGGUGCAGGAGCCCGGCCAAGUGUUCAAGCCCUUCUUGCCAAAUAUCAUUGCACUUUGCAUGGAGCAAGUCUACCCAAUCGUUGCCGAGCGGUCUUCUCCUGAUGUGAAAGCCGAACUCUACGAGCUGCUUUUUCGGAUUUUGCACCACAACUGGCGGUACUUCUUCAAGUCCAACGUCCUGGCCAGCGUCCAGAGAGGAGUAGCUGAGGAGCAGAUGGAGAACGAAGCCCAGUUCAGUGCCAUUAUGCAGGCAUUUGGCCAGUCCUUCCUGCAACCUGACAUACACCUGUUCAAGCAGAACCUGUUCUACCUGGAGACUCUGAACACCAAGCAGAAAUUGUACCACAAGAAGCUCUUCCAGGCAUCGAUGCUCUUUCAGUUUGUGAAUGUGCUGCUUCAGGUCCUGGUCCACAAAUCCCACAACCUCUUGCAAGAGGAAAUCGGCAUCGCCAUCUACAACAUGGCCUCUGUGGACUUUGACAGCUUCUACUCGGCUUUCCUGCCGGGGUUCUUAGCUGGCUGCGACAGGGUGGACACCAACCAGAAAAACGUCCUCGGGAGGAACUUCAAGAUGGACAGGGAUCUGCCGUCGUUCACCCAGAAUGUGCACAGGCUGGUCAACGACCUGCGCUACUACAGACUCUGCAACGACAGUUUGCCCCCGGGGACUGUGAAGUUGUAGCCGCCGCCGACGGACGGACGGACUCGAAACGGUUUCGAUCUCCCGUCAAAGGAGUGGGACCCGGCCUUGCCGCUUGCCUCUGUUCCUCCGAUCUCGACGAGCCCUUUCGGGAGUGCAGAGUGCCCCACCCCACCCCAUGUGCAGGUCAGGGCACGAAAGGCAGAGGCCGUGCCCCUUUCCUCCGUUUCCCUCCCAUCUCGACCUCACGGCUGAGUAGGCAGCUCUUUCUUCCCCCAGGGACUCGGAAGACCGGCCGUUUCCACCAUACCCCCACACCCACGGCUGGGCGUUUUGUGUCUUAAUACUGUGGCGUCGAUUCAAGUCUACAGGUUUUCGGUGACUCGUCUUGUGCCGCCAUCACAAGGCAGAAACACCAAAGUCUACUUGAGGGGGUCUUCUCCCCCCGCCUUCAUGCCAUUCCACUUGCUGCCCUCCCUCCCCCGUUGCUGAGAGGAUGGUCCCUCCCCAAUCACCCACCCACUUGGUCCUGUUUUUACAAUGCCUUGAACCCUCCCUGCCCCUUGGUGGAGAUUCACAGAGGAAGAGAGAGAGAGAGAGAGAGAGAGAGACCAACAGACUUGACUUCUGUUUCUUUUAUUAUUAUUAUUUUCUAAAACCAUGGUUUUUGUUUUUAUUGUCCUUGUCAUUCCAUUGUGAUACUAAAAUGUGCUUCAUGGAAAUAAAUAAAUAAAAAAGC